ACGGUUUACAGUUGGUUUGUUUUGAUUUAGGCUUUUAAACAAUUUUUACUUAUUGAAGAUUUACUAGGUUUUAAAGCUUGUUUACAGAGAAAGUGGUGGGCAUGAAUGAAAUCUUCUAUAUUAUUAAUAUGUAGUGAAAAUAUUUGAUUGACGAAAAUUUUUGGAUUUUGUGAGAAGAAAGAGGUUUCAGUUUAUAUCAAGAUGCAGACAAACCUGCAAAGUGCUUUGUUAGGCGAUGGAAGUAGUACUAACAAUUUGACUGAGGAAGAUGACAAAGAUGAACCUAAUGAAGAAGCUGAGGAAGUUGAUUUUGUGGACGAGGAUUGUGAAGGCGAAAAUGGGCUGCAAACAAAUAAACAACCGGCAGCAAUAUCUAGUACAAGUCGUACAGUUACCUUGCAGAUGCUUUUGUCCAGUGGAGUGCUUUACCCUGGGCCAGGAUCUAUGACCAUAGAAUAUUUGGGCCAAAGAUUUGUAGGCGACUUGUUAGAAGACGGAAAAAUACAGAGCCAAGAAACGGGCGCUAUCUUUGCAUCACCAAGUGCUUGGGCUGUAGCUUGUAAACGUUUUAUAAAUCCAGAUAAAAAGUCUGGUUGUGGGUGGGCAUCGGUUAGGUACAGAGGAAAGAAAUUGGAUGCUUAUAAAAAUAUUUAUUAUAAAAGGAAAAAAGAAUUAGAGCAGCAAAAAAUUGAAAGAGAAUCUAGAACCAUUAAUGAACAAGCUGAUAAAAUAGAUUACCAAUUAUUUUUAACUCCGUUGGUCACCCCAAACAUGUCGCAGUCUAGAAUUGUUGUAAAGCAUAAUACAGUUGCAAAUCGUACUUUUACUCACGACGCUAACACACUAGUAGAAUGUAUCCCAUUUUCCAAUCUUGGAAAAAUCCAACCUUUUCUUGUAUCAUUAUCUACAAACGCUGUAUUUUUGAUGGACUUUCACUGUCAUUUAACAAGAUCUGAAGUUUGCGGAUAUCUCGGUGGUCAUUGGGAUGUUAACAGUCAUACAUUACAAGUUACGCGAGCAUUUCCUUGUCGAUGCAGCAAAACUGAUAAAUCUCAAGCUGCUCAGAUUGAAUCUGAAAUUUCAAAAACGAUGGAAAAAGAACAAUUUACUCUAGUUGGGUGGUAUCAUUCCCAUCCCUUUUGUGCUGCUGCUCCAACGUUAAGAGACAUCGACUCACAAUUAGAAUAUGAAAUUCGAAUGAAAGGCGUUUCAGAUAAUAAUUAUACACCAUGCAUAGGAAUUAUUAUAUCUCCUUACAAUUUUGAGAAUGCAUCUUUAGAAUCUAGCAUAAUAGCUUAUUGGGUGAUUCCUCCCCCAGAAAACAAGCCUAAUGAGUAUGGUCGACCCAUGUUGAUGUCUUACAGUGUGGCACAGGAUUCAAUUUUGACUCCCCUUGUAAUAGAGGAGAUGACAAAAUGCGUAGAAUAUUAUAACAAAGAAAAGGAUUACAUUAAUUUCAAAGAUAGUUAUCGUAACACCACCUAUUUUUCGAAAUUAAAAACGACAUUGUCUUCGAAAUUUCCCCGAGACCAGAACGAAGCAGCUAUUUUAGAAAUUUUGGGAAAUGUUUUAUCGGUCUAUAGUAAUGAUAAAGAAAGUCCAAUAAUAAUUCCAUCAAUCAGUAAAAAUUCUCAACUGUUUCCAAGCUUAUCAUCCUCAGGAGUUUUGAAUUCUAAUUUAAUGUUAAAUUCAGAUUUGGCCAGGGCUCUAUUUAAUUCUGGAAGUUUUCCAAGCACGAGCAGUCUUUUAGGUUUUCCUGGUCCUUUUAUGUCAAGCUCUUUAGCUACGAGUAGCAUGUAUUUGCCCCCUUCGACAUUUAAGCCUCAUGAUAUCAUAAAACCAUUGUCAACAAGUAGCCCCAUCCUAAGUAAACCUAAAAUUGAAACUAAGACAACGCCGUUGAAAAUACCGAGCACUAAUGACAUUAAAACUUUAAAAUAUGGUUUUACUGGAGACGUUGACUGUUUUCCACAAAAAAGUCCUGUUGGAAUGAGCAGUCCCGCAGGGAAAAACGAAAAUUAUUCUCCUGAUUUUAGCUUUUCACGAUCUAGAUCGAACACUCCCAAAACAGAAGCUUCCAACAUGGAUUACAGUAAAAUUCCGAAGACUGAUUAUAGCUUUGAGUCCCCAAAGGUUCCAGAGUUUGCGAGGGGAAUCGAUUUCUCUAGAACAUUAGAUUUAUCGAAACCGGUCGAUUUUUCAAAGUUGGUAGAAGUUCCUAAAAGUAUAGAUUUAUCAACCAGCUGUCGUAAGGAGCCGGAUAGUAAAAAUGACUUUUCAACAUUAGACUUGAGCCUCUCCAAUAGAAAUUUGAAUAUGGAAGUCAUGGAUGAGGGUCCAAGCGAUUUGUCAAUUCCCAAGGGAGAUAAAGGAGAGUAAAGUGAGAAUCUCAAGUAUAAUGUGGCUACAGAGUAUUUCUUAGCUUAGCUUGUGUAAGCAGUAUUAUUUUAUUUUUUGUGCUUUAUUUUAUAACAUAUUUUUAUAUUUACUUUUUAGUGUGUAAUAAACGUGUAAACAUAU